AGCCAGCCGUGAGCUCAGAGUUCAGCUAUGUGUUAAGGAUGCUGUGUGUUAUCAGUGAACGUGCAACUGUCAACGGCGCUAGACGUCAGCAACGGAAGCUGAAGAAGUGUACAAGUGAAUAAAUAAAAGUUAUUAAAAGAAAAUUUGACAGCAAAGCAUUGAUUUUUAGUGAAGAAAAUAUGUGAAAGAGAGUUGAAAUAAGAAAAUUAAAAAGGCACAUAUGAAUGCCAAAUAAAAAAAGAGUUUUAUGUACACUCAAGUGCACACAAUUAGUGAAAGUUAAACAAAAGAACAAAAGAAAUGCAGACUGCUUUUGAUUUCGGUGUAGAGAAUCGAAACAAAUGUGUGUGUAGAUAUAAAAUACAAUAAGUAUUCAUUGAAAAGUUUAUGUUGUUCGUGUACUUGUAAUUCGAAGACUGACAGUGAUGCUGCUUUAAAAGAAUUUACACAAAGCAAUGUCAGUGAACUUCAAAAAAGCGCCAACGCAAAUGUUUAUUUUGCAAAAACCGGAUGUAGAAAGUUCUGAAUCGACAAACAGCCGAGAGAACGUGAGAUUGUGUGAUUUGCUCUGAGUAUGAAUAAAAACCGUAAUUUUUACGCAUGUGUAGGUGCCGUGCAAUACAUGCAAACCAGCAGUGGCAAAAACACAAAGUGUCUAGAACAUAAAACGAACAAGAAAUAAAGAGAAUUUAAUUUUUGAAGAAGAUGUGAUAACAAAAAGUGGCAAGAAAAAAAACAAAGAAAAAAAUAAACAUAGAGAAAGCAGAAAAACAAAUACUUUUGAAAAUAACAAAAACAACAACAACAUAAGCACAAUUACAUGCAAAUAAAAGUUAACGGAUAAAAAUUAAAUGGAAAGUGUGAGGCGCAAGUAGAUAUUAAAAGUGUCUGUGUGUGUGUGUGAGUGUGCUGGUAAAAAAAGAGUGCGAAAAUUCAUUUUAACUACGUGUAAAAGAGUCAGUCACCACCUACUACGCCAUCUUAACAAAGUGGCAACUAAAGCCAGCAACAAUAACAAUAAAACAAUAACAACGUCUACGAAACGAGUAGUAAAACGAAAAACACACAUUCACACGUCAGCACAUUGCAAAGCGCUGUCAUUUUUAAACCCAAAUACAUGUGUAAAUACGCAAAAGAAUAACAGCUAAAUAAACAACAACAGUAAUCGCUGAAACACCGUGUAAACCGUGAAAUAGCGAGUGUGUGAAUUCAGGCGCCAAAAAGAAGGAAACAUUCAGAAGCUACAACAAUAAGCAGGAAAUACACAGCAGAGUGUUGAAAAAAAAAACUGAAAAAAAAACAAAAAAAUAGUAAUAAAAUAGAAAAUAUUACACUCUUUUUCUGCAGCUGCUUUUGUUAACUCCUCUUCCUGUGACGUUAAGUGUACACCAAACAUUAGCAACAUGUUGAAAUUUCUGCGGAUUAUUUGCAUUUGGAUUUGCUGCGCUUUCUGUCUGUUGGAGCGUAUACAAUUGCCAGCCGCCACAGCCGCCAUUGCCGCACCCUUCGAGUAUUUCGAGGAUCAUGACCAACUCUCCUAUGACUUGGAUACCGAGCAGUCAAAAGCUAAAUAUGAUACACGUCUGCUGUCAGAACAAAUGCUAAAGUCGGAGAAAUCCACUGAACGCUACGAAAGUGCUGACAGCCAUGCAAACGGCGGCAGCGGCAAUGAAGGUUUCGGAGGAAGCGGUGCGACCAAUUCAGAGCUGGACGACGACAACGAGUCGGAAGCAGAUGCGGAUGUGGAUGAUUUGCAACCGCAUGAACGUGCGGCGUCGUGUCACAACAAUGGUCAUAAAUAUACACACGGUCAAAAGGUACCCCGAAAAGAUCCAUGUGAAGUGUGCUUAUGCAUGGAUGGCGAAAUAUUUUGCUGGUGGGAAUUAUGCACCAAAAAGGCUGCGAAUCAAAUCAAAAGUGAGCAUCACGCCAGCACACACCUCGAUACUUCAACUGUCAGGUUGAAUGAAAUGAGCAGCACUUCAGGCACAACAGCACAUCCUACCGUCGACGACAAGCUGCAGCUUCAGCACCAACAACAAUACCAACAGGCAAGUCCCUAUGGCAACACCUUAGAAAUGAGCACAGCAAAGCAUGAACACCUCACGGAGGGCAGUAAGAGCCAGCAACAACAACAAGUAAUAGAAAAUUCAGCUGCCUCUACAGGAGGCACCAAACCAAUGCCAUAUACUACCAAAUCCUGGCAGAAGAAGAAAUCCUAUCAACAGCAGCAAAAACAAAAACAUGAACAGCAAAAACAACAUCAACACAAACACGCGCACGAGCACGCGGCUUACUACGCCUACCCACCGCCUUCAUUGCCCGUGUCUGCAAGCAAGAUUCUCAGCUUCCCGGAGAACUUGCCGUCGGUGUUGUAUCACGACUAUCGCACCGAGGAGCAUCAGCAUCACCAACACCAACACCAUCAGCAGCAUUUGAAGCAUCAGCAGAAAAAGCUACAGUUGCAAAUGCAACGUCAACUGCAACAACAAAAACAACAACAGAAGCAGCUCAAACAUAAACAGCACACACACGGCGCGUGGAAGCAUGAGGACGAUGGCGAUGAGCGCGACAUGAUUUUCACGUCCAAAUCCGUAGCACCGAUUGCAUAUGUAAGCAAUGACAGCGGCAGUAUGGGUCUUAGCGCAGACUGGGGACUGGUUGGCGGUAAUGAAAAUGUCUACGAUGAUGUCGAGACAGACAGCGGUGGCGACAUACUGCCCGAGCCACCGACGAAGAGACCGAAAAUGACAGCAGCAGCACUACCGCCACCAACAACAACAACAUCUAGCGAUUUUAUGACAGCUGGAACAGCAACUAACGGUAACAUGGCUGCAAGCAACUUGAAUCGAUUUGGAGCUGCAACAGACGGGAGUACGGCGUUUGAGGUUGCAGUAGAUGCUGAUGCUCAUGCUGGUGUUGGCGCACAAGCGACCGGACAUGUGAAACAGCGACAACAACAGCAGCAAAGUAACAUCCUCGUUGCCACAGACAACGAGAAGUCAUUAAAAAUGAAUGCAGCUGAUGCGUCGUCCUCUUCACCAGUCUCCUCUGACUCGGCCUCUGCUUCGGUUUCUGCGUCUAACUCCACAUCAAGAUCAGCAUCAGCUGCUGUGGUUAAUGCGGCAACACCAGCAAGUGCAACGUCCACUAAAAUAACAGACAAAAUAGAAACAGCGGAACUUCAACAGCAGGAUGUUUUUAAUCGCGAAAGCAGCGAGGAGGAUCAGGAUGAUGCCUUCCAUCGCUGGCUCACGUCCACUGAAAUGAACGCAAACAAUAAUAAUAAUAAUUCUUCAGAAUUGGACACGACGAGCCCAGCACGUCGCACAAAUUUGUUUGGUCUCGCCGGGACACAAACUAUUAAUGCAACAAGCACAGCAAAAACAAUAAACAACACAAACGCACCAAGAGGAGCGGGCGGUGGUGACCGCGGCACUGGUGGUGCAGGCGGUGGCAACAGAAGUAGUAAUAAUAGCAAAAUUGAAAACGUUUAUUUUCGCAGUUCCUACAAUGACUACAGCAGCGAAUAUAAUGGCAGUGUGGUAAAUAUCGAUAUAUUGCUUACUACAGCGGAUGAACAACAACAAGCCCAACAGCAACAGCAAAAGGCGGAUUUAAUUACGCAACCAAGCAGUAGUUCACAGAAAACUGGAGAACGAGGAGGAACGACAGUGUCUGCAGCAGCUAACAGCUCCAGCUUUAGCUCGACAACAGCGUUACCAACUGCUGCUGGCAGCACUCAAACGAGCAGUCCGGAGCGUCAGUGCAAUGUUAUGGGUACACUAUACAAAAUAGGCGAUGUACUGCCACAGGAUACCGGAAAUUGCCUGCAAUGUGUGUGUAUAGAGGGCACAACGGGUGACGAUACGCCGCGCGUCACCUGCAGUCCGCACAAUUGCCCGCCGCUGGUGUUGCCCGAUCUCUUCGAUGCUACAGGAUAUUAAAGAGGACACAGACGGACUGCGAUGUCAGCGAUGAAACUAAACUACAAAAGAAAAAAAAAUAAAGAAAAAACGAAACAACAACAUACAUAAACUAACCCACACUGUGACUAAGAGGGAAAAUACAUACACAAAACUUCACAUACAGUAUAUAAACUCGCUCACAUACCGAGCCGCAGAGGAUAGCAGUGAAAUAAGCAAAAGUAAAAAGAAUUAACGUAAAACUAAAGCAAAACUUCUGGCGACUCCUCAUGAAUGGCGCCUGUUGGCAACAUCAAUAAUGAUGCGUUUCGCUCAUAGUUCAUCAGCUGAAGCAACCGAUGUCAUUGAGAGUUAAAAGCUUAUGUGGGACUUCGUGUGAUUUUAUGCUUUCACGCUUUGUUGAUUUUCAAAAUUAUAGACUUGACGUUAACUAACUGUACAUCGGUUCGUUGGUUGGUUGGCUGGCUGCUCACAUGUGCACAUACGACUUUACAUAACUAUAAUAAAUGCAUAUAUGUUUGUAUGUGUAUAUACAUAUAUAUAUUUAAAUGAAUCCGAAUUACAUUUCAUAACCAUAAAUUGUGUGCACAACAUAAUUAAGGCCAGCGGUUAGGCCACUAAAUAGAUGAGUGU